AUGAACGAAAAUGACUGUGCUGACUCACAAAGGAAAAAGGCAAAAGUAAGUUUGAUCUUCAAACAGAAGGUUAUGGAGACUCCUAUCACAGAGGAAAACGACGAGUCGUUUUAUGACGAUGGUAGGGUGUGCUAUUUAAGGAGAGAGCUUUUGGAGUGCGAAGAAUAUUUUUUGAAGAAGAUAGAAUUUUAUUUGACAGAGUUUGAAGAAGAAAAAACAAAGUUUACGUCUUUGGUUAGUGAUUUAGAACGUGAGCUAGAGGACUCCAGAAUGGCACAGUUGGAGCUUCUUGUAAAGAUUAAGAAUUUAAAAAACAGAAUUGUCGAACUCGAAGGCAAAACCCAGUUCUAUAAAAACAAGGUGCAGAAAUACGAGGGCAGCCAGAAUAUAACAAACAAUAGCUAA